UCUCUGCAGAAGACAUUUCAAGUCCAAGAGCUGAUUGACAAGGGCCUCUGUUCUUUCUUCUCUCUCUCUCUUUCUUUCUCCACUGCUUCCUAAUCUUAUCCCCUCUCUUUCUGUCUCUCCAAAAGCAAAGCCAAAAUUUUGCAAACACAAAAGUGAGUGAGAGACGUCUAGAUACUGAAUCAGAUCUUAUUAGUUGGUCUUUCUUUCCUUUCCUUUCUGCAAAAUCUUUUCAACUAUGGACACCAAUCAGCAUCAAUCCAUCAAGGAGAAAGCUUUUGACAACAAACAUGAAGAAGCCAAGCAGCUAAUACAAGAAGGCUUGGCAACAAAACCAUCUGCUUCCCCACCUUCAGCUUCUUCAUCUCCUUCUCAUGAAUUCUCCUUCACAAUUUCUCUUCACUCUUCUUCUGCACCAAUCCCUGAUAAAACAAAAACCCCACCUUCAAUUGCAAUAGACUUGUCACCUGCAGAUGACAUUUUCUUUCAUGGGCAUUUGCUUCCUCUUCAUCUCCUGUCUCAUCUUCCUGUUUCUCCUCGCUCUUCCACCAACUCAUUGGACAGCUUCACCCUCCCCAUCAGAGACUUGAUAGAUGAUCAAAAAAAUGAUAAAAGUUGCAGCACAAACAACAGCAAUAGAAACUGCAAUAACAGCAUCAACUGUAGUCAUCAAUCCAGUGAUAAAGAGAGCAAAGGCAGAACCAAGUCCAGUAAGCCAUUCUCAUUAUUCGGUUUCGCCAAAUGGCGAAAGGGUAUUUAUAGAGAAGGAGAAGAUAAGGAGAAGCAGAAGAAGAAGAUGAGAUUUGACGUGAGUAAUGUGCUAAAGAGGUAUGCGAGGAUGGUUAGGCCACUGUUAUUUUUCAAAGGAAGGAGAGAAAAUCUCCAUUUCCACAGCCAGCCUUGUUCCUUUUCAGGUAAUUUAAGUUUCAGAAAUAAACAAGAGUUGAGAGGAAGAAGAGAAUUUUCGGCACCAGCAUCUAUCAGAACUUCUCCUACAAACAGUGGCCUACUUGUUGCAACAACUACUCUACCUUCUUCAACAAGUGACAGCACCAUGGAAGAGUUACAAGCUGCAAUUCAAGCUGCAAUUGCUCAUUGCAAAAACUCCAUUGCUGUGGAAGACAAACUCAAAUGUUAAGUUUGGAUUUUUCAAUUUCCAUAUUAUACUUUUGUAUAUCAUGGUGUAUAUGAGAACGUAACUAAAUUAAUUAAUUAGUUUCCAAUCGACAAGA